UCAGACCCAGCUUGCAUGCCACCCCCACCUUUCGGUCUCGUAGAAUGGAAUCUUCCGAAAUGGAACACUCCUGGCGCCGCCCACCCCCUCGCUUUUGAAGAUGGAAGAGGCCCAAGCAACCGGUUGCCGUGGGAACGGCUAGCUUGUUUCGGCAGGGGAGGCUUCGGAAGGCAGAAGGGAGCCGGCCCGGGAAGCCUGGAGUGGGCUGCGCCCGUCUCUGGCCGCCAGAUUUCAAAACCGUAUGAUUUGAAUACGUCUUUAAGCUUUUCUGAAUUUGCAAUCAUGAACAUCAAUGAUUUUGUGAUACUCCCUGGUUCAAAAACUGGAGUUUCUGUAAAAUUGAAGGAAAAAAGUGUACAGGAGCUGCAAUUGGAAAAAGUUCAACUGGAACUUGAAAAUAAAGAAAUGGAGAAGAAACUGAAGCAACUGCAAUCACACAUGAGCCUAGAGAAACAAGAAAGAGGGCGAGUAAAUGGGUAUCGAUGGAAAUCAGGUCAAGCUAAUCUAAACACACAACCAUCAAUCUUACAAAACAAAGAAAAUGCUAUAAAGGUUCCUUCAGGCAGAGUAAAACUGAGGCUACUUAAAGAACAUAUUCCAGCUCCGGAUCCAGCCAAGCAGCCAUUUGUACUUAAAACAGCAAAUGAUGCAGCCGCUGAAAGACCUAAAGUGAAGGGCAAGGCCUGUGGUCAAUGUGAGAUGAAGGCUGCAUUGCUAGUGUGUUUAGAAUGUGGAGAAGAUUAUUGUCCUAGUUGCUUUGCCAGAAUACACCAGAAGGGAGCACUGAAACUCCACAGAACAACUUCUUUGCAGGGAAAAGCACGUAUCUCAGUUGGAAAACUGGAAGCUGCACAGCAGUUCCUGAAAACUGUCAGUCCAACAGAGACUAAUGACUUCAUAAAUAAUGGACAGGAAAAAAAAAUAACCACUAGAGUAGAGGAUGUAGUUGCUGUUCCUCCAUUUUCACCAACAACAUCAACGAAUAAUACUGAGAAACAUUCUAUAGUACCUUCUACCGAGGGCUGGGCUGAGAUUCAAAAUGGUGGAUUUUUUCUGCAUGGUACCUUUGAUGAAAAAGAAUCUGCAAAGUCUUUUCAAGAAGCUCUAAAUCAGUGGAGAAGUGGAAAUUGUUCCCAGAAAAGUAAAGAAGAACGUUCCUGCCAGGUUGGGUCAGAAAAUUCAGGUAUAUGUCAGGUGCAGACGAGCCCUCCAAUUAUGAAAAAGUCUAUUGAAAUUGAAUUCAAAGAAGAUAGCUUGAACUAUAUGGAAAGAUUAUUAAUUAAGAAGCAUAGAAGAACUCCAGUUGAUCAAUUGUCAUAUAACAUAAUGGAUGAAUUAAAACUCAAGGAAUCAUUGUCAAGUGAAAUUCCUGAUACUUGCAGCAGAGAAGAGGAAGAAGAAGAGGCAGAAGAGGAGGCGGAGGGGGAAGGGGAGGAGGAGGAGGAGGAAGACAUAACAAAUGCUCAUGAUAUAGCAGUAGAAAUGAAAAAGUAUUGGGCAGAUGUUUUGGAACAAGAAGAACUUGAUACUGUUCCUAUAAGCUCUGAGCCUUCUUUGAAAAUUCAGAUCCUUGAUGAUGCUUGUAAAGAGGAGACAGAAGAGUCCACUAAUUUUAUAGUAAUGGAAGCUGGGUCUGAUGAGCUGAUAUAUUAUGGUGGUACUCAGAAGACUGAACCAGAUAUUUUUCUGCCACCCUCCAUCAGUAUGACUACAAGGUCACCUCUUUCUUCUGUAGUUGACAGCAAAAACGGCUUAACUUUUCUUUGUAACAGACAUGAAGAAACUCCUAAAACAAGAGCAUCUCCACAGUUUGAAAGAGCUGACCUGGCUGAUAGUUGUUCCUGCAGAGAAGACAUAACUUCCAACUCCUUAUCUGAAAGAGCAAUAACAAAAGGCAAGAAUAGUAAAACCAAAAAGAAAAGCUUUUGCAUGUCAAAUGAGCAGACACCAAGUCGUCCUCAACUGGCUGCCAGCAAAUCUUUCCCCGCUAUGGAGUUAGUUAAAGAAAACAAGAAGUCUCAAGGCGUGCAUGGUGCUUCAUCAGUUGCUCCAAAAGAUUCUUUGUUGUCACGGGUAGCCCUAAGAGAGAAACCUGUUUGUAACCCAUAUCAAGGACUUGAGGAAUUUUUUACAAUGGGUACAAAUUGUCGGCAACUUAAGAUGGAAUCCAUCCCUUCACCAUGCAAGGCCCGCGAGUCUCCAAAGAACAUCAUUUCAUUUCCAGGACCUGAACAGUGGACAAGGCACUUGAGUCUAAGGGAAUGUGCUGAUGAAUCUGUAGUAAAAGAAAUAAUGAACAGUGAGCUUGGUAGACCAUUAAGUAGGCUGGGAAAGCAAACUCCACAUACUCGACUUUCUCAGUCAAACUUAUCCAUAGAACAUGCUUCCUCAAGACCUUUCUCUGCAAAUAUUCCCCUUUGUAGAACUGCUAAACACCAUCCUCGCCCAUCUUCAGUCAUUGAAACAGCAUCCAAACAUUUGAAUACACAAUUUUUAUCAAAAGCUGCUUUUGAAAUUUCAGAAAUUUCAAGCAUAGAUGUCACUGAGAACGAUGAUCCUUUUUUAGAGUAUUACACUAGUCAACAAACCCUAACAGAUUUAGACCAUGAAUUAAAGAGUAUUUCAGAUUCGUGGGAAAAUCUCAAUGGUUUAAACUGUGGAGACUUCAACAGACAUUCCAAAAUCACAUAUCGGGAUUUGCAUAACAACCAUGAAACAAAAGACUAUAGUCAAGGUGAUGCUGUAAGUCUCUGUGACGAACAUUAUACAGAUAAUGAAGAGGACCAGAUGGACAGACAACAGGUGAUAGAAUUGCAAUGAAAAAAGAAUCCAACCUCAUAUGACCAUCUAUUUCAGCUUUCUAACCAAUCCAAAAUGCUUGUCUCACGUAUGGUGGAUCAACUAAACUCAUGAGGAAGUAAAUAAAUAAAUUAAAUACACAUUGAUACUAAAAGAUAAAUGAAGAAAAAUAUAUCUGGGCUUUUCUUAUAUCAAAACUCCUGUCUUUUUCUGUAAGAGAAUUUAAUUCAUAUUUGUCGUAUGUGUACCAAUGAAGCAAGGAGUCAGGUUCAUCCAGAAAUGUUGUUUAUAUAACUUCCUAGUUCCUCAAAACUCAGUGUAAGGAUGAGUGACCAAGUGCUUCAAACAGAACUGGUAACUAGUGCACCUCUUGACUAAUGAUUGUAGCUUGCCUGAAUAUCCUCAAAGGAAAGGACAUUAUGAAUACUUCUCUUAGGGAAGUUCAGGAUUUGCCAUAGUUCUGCCUAUUUUGAAGACACUGGCAGAAUCUAGGACAGUAAUGGUGAACCUAUGAUACAUGUGUCAAAGGUGUCACAUCAUGACAUUUUGGGUGACAUGCCAGUGUCCACCAACACUCAACAGCUAUUCUUGAAAUCACAGCCCGUUCUCGCAUGAUUUUUGAAGAAUGCAAAGGUCAUGCAAAAAUGGGGUGUGCUCUCAUGGUCUCUGGAGCUUUCAAAAAUUACAUAAGAAAGGAACUGUUAUUGUGGUUGUAAGCCAAGGACUACCCAUAAUAACUAUAUAUCUAAGAUAUCUCUAUGUCUUCUCACAUAGCCUGACUUUUUUAUUAUUGCUGAUUAAGCAUUUAUUCGUGACAGCUACACUUUACUAUAUGGGAAAUAAUACAAUAGGUUUUUUUAAGUCAUAAACUACAAAGAAACAGUAGUCUGCACACAAGUGGAUUCUUAUUUUCAAAUGAGUUUAGUCUUUACACACUACGUGUAGGCUACUGGUAUUCAAGCAGCUAAUUGGUCAACCAUUGUAGUUUCAGUUGCUGCAUCUUUAUAGUUACUGAAACUAGAAUUUGCUGAGCAUUGCCACUAAUGAAAUGAGAGAAUAACAAACCUCCACAGUUCUAUGUACAUAUGUAUUUUUAAAUUUUUUAAUGGAACAAUGGCUAAUUCAUGGAUUAAAAUCCCUACAAAAAUGUGGCCUAUCAAGAAGCCUUCUUCAUCUACUCUAAGAGUCUCCCUCAUAUUUUAACUUCCAAAUCUUUUUUUAAAGUGGAUUGUUCUUUGUCUCAUCUCUAAUUUGUAAUGUAUAUUAUCUCAAGACCCUCACUCAAUAAGUUGAAUAAGACCUCCAUUGUGUCUUAAACUGCACUUUUUUUGUUUAUGCUGGUUUUUGUUGACAAUGCCAUUAGAAUGAAAAGUAAAAACAAUUAUUGCUCAUCUGGUUUUAUAUACCUACUACAGAAUUAGGAACUGCUUUUUUUUAACUAACGUAAUUCUUUUUGUGGUUUGCUGUACUGUUUAGAUCACUAAUAACUUCAAUUCUCUUAUUGUUGUCAGGUUUCUUGUAUUCCUAUCAUUAGAGCCUGACUUCAUUUAGAUGGAUCAUUAAACAAAUUAAUCAUUGGUGUCA